AUGAAGAACUGGUUGGUGCCGUUCUGGGAAGAAAUGAGUAACGAGGAGAGCACGUGUACGAGACGUUCACAAUCACUGGCACAACGAGCUCUGCCGUUGAACGCUCUUUGUUGGCCAGUGUACUUGGAAAAAGAUUUCCAUCUUAUUGAACCGCCUGUGUCGUUCGUCCAAUUUUUUUCCACUUGGUCGCUUUGCGACCAUACACGUCAUCGUGUGUUCAUCUUAUAA